AUGUUCAGCCGGGGCUCUCGGAAGCGGCUCUCCAGCAGAUCGCUGACUGCCUUGGGCGAGCCAGAGCGAGGACAGCCUUGCAACGCAUGUGGUGACCAGUGCCCUGGGUUUGCGUUGCAUAAAUGGAGGAAGAUUUGCCUUCACUGUAAGUGCCCGCAAGAAGAGCACUUUGUAACAGUAAUGCCUCUGGAGAUGGAGAAGACGGUGACCAAGCUCAUGUUUGACUUUCAGAGGAAUUCCACUUCUGAUGAUGACUCAGGCUGUGCCUUGGAAGAGUAUGCAUGGGUGCCUCCAGGGCUGAAGCCAGAACAGGUUCACCAGUACUACAGCUGCCUCCCGGAAGACAAAGUGCCCUACGUGAACAGUCCUGGAGAGAAAUUGCGCAUUAAGCAGCUUUUGCACCAACUGCCGCCGCAUGACAAUGAGGUCCGCUAUUGUAAUUCAUUGGAUGAGGAAGAGAAAAGGGAGCUCAAACUCUUCAGCAAUCAAAGGAAAAGGGAGAAUCUAGGGAGAGGCAAUGUUCGACCAUUCCCCGUCACCAUGACCGGAGCUAUUUGCGAACAGUGUGGGGGCCAAAUAAGUGGAGGCGACAUCGCUGUAUUUGCCUCCAGAGCAGGCCAUGGCGUUUGCUGGCACCCACCCUGCUUCAUAUGCACGGUCUGUAAUGAGCUGCUGGUUGAUCUGAUCUACUUUUAUCAAGAGGGGAAGAUUUAUUGUGGCAGACACCAUGCUGAAUGCCUGAAGCCUCGAUGUGCAGCGUGUGACGAGAUCAUUUUUGCAGACGAAUGCACCGAGGCCGAAGGGAGACACUGGCACAUGAAGCACUUUUGCUGUUUUGAAUGCGAAACGGUGCUGGGGGGGCAGAGGUACAUCAUGAAGGAAGGCAGGCCGUACUGCUGCAACUGCUUUGAAUCUUUGUACGCGGAGUACUGCGACACCUGCGCACAACACAUAGGUAUUGACCAGGGGCAGAUGACUUAUGAUGGCCAACAUUGGCAUGCUACAGAAACCUGUUUUUGCUGUGCUCAGUGCAAGAAAUCCCUACUUGGUCGACCUUUCCUACCAAAACAAGGGCAGAUAUUCUGUUCGAGGGCAUGCAGCGUGGGCGAUGACCCUAACGGCUCGGAUUCGUCCGAUUCAGCAUUUCAGAAUGCAAGGGCAAAGGAGUCCCGCCGCAGUGCCAAAAUUGGCAAGAACAAAGGGAAAGUGGAGGAAAACAUGUUAAAUCAGUGCAGUCAACUGCAAGUGACCUCAAAUAGACUUUCUGCAGAUGUGGACCCACUGUCGCUACAGAUGGAUUUGCUGAGUUUGUCUAGUCAGACUCCUAGCCUAAACAGAGAGCACAUAUGGAGGAGCAGAGAUGAACUCUACCACUAUGGAAAUCAAAUGGAGCAAAGUCAAUCCCAAAGCCCCUUGCAACUUCUCAGCCAGUGUAAUAUAAGGACUUCCUAUAACCCAGGACAGGUCCCAGGCACUCAACCAGAUUUAUGGGCCAAACAUUUCAGCAAUCCAAAGAGAAGUUCAUCUAUAGCGAUGAAGGGUCAUAAUGGAAGCUUCAUCCAGGAGUGCAGAGAAGAUUAUUACUCAGGAAGGCUUCGGUCACAAGAAAGCUACAGCGAUAUGUCUAACCAGAGUUUUAAUGAAACCAGAGGAAACAUCAAAGUUCCAAAAUAUGAUGAAGAGGAAGAAGGCGGGAGGUCUACCCAACAGUGUCGAACAAGGCAUCCAAUCAACGCACUUAAAUUCACUGAGGACCUAACACCCACCGAGCAAACGCCCCGGGGCUCAAUGGAGUCCCUCGCCCUUUCAAAUGCCACAGGACUCUCUGCGGACGGUGGCGCCAAGCGCCAGGAGCACCUCUCUAGAUUCUCAAUGCCUGAUCUGAGCAAAGAUUCUGGAAUGAACGUCUCGGAGAAGAUGAGUAACAUAGGGACGCUGAACUCCUCUGUGCAGUUUAGAAGUGCCGAGUCAGUCCGUAGCCUCUUGUCUGUGCAACAGUACCAAGAUAUGGAGCCGAACCUGCGUGACCUUGCCAAUCCGGUCAGUUACAGAGAGAUGCCAUCGCAUGGAAGGAUGCAUCAGAGUUUUGAGUAUGACAGCGGGAUUCCAGGGAACAAAAUUCCUGGACAGGAUAGUUCUAGACUUCCCCCUAUGAGCGAGCGCACACGCAGACGAACUAAUCUCCGGGAUGACGAUCGGCGUUACCGCCCACACAGAUCCCGGCGAUCCAGACGCUCCCGCUCGGAUAACGCCCUCCAUCUGGCCAGCGAACAGUGCUGCCGAUUGAAAGAGAGGCCCUCGCUGCGAGCCAGAGAGGACUAUGACCAAUUCGUGCACCAGAGAAGCUGCAGAGAGACGAUGGAACAGGGCCCCCGCAGAGACCUGUAUGGUCAGUGUCCAAGGACUGUGUCGGAUCUUGCUUUGCAGAACCAUCUGGGGGAGAGAUGGGGCCCCUAUUUUGCUGAAUAUGACUGGUGUUCUACCUGCUCCUCCUCUUCAGAGUCUGACAAUGAAGGGUAUUUCCUUGGGGAGCCAAUCCCGCAACCUGCCCAUCUCCGAUACGUUACCAGCGAGGAGCUCCUGCACAAAUAUGGAUCGUAUGGCAUGCCCAAGGCUUCCACGUUGGGUGGCAGAGGACAGUUGCACAGCCGAAAAAGACAAAAGAGCAAAAACUGUAUCAUAUCGUAA